AUCUCUCUCUUUCUCUGCAGAUGGACUGCAACAAAGCAGAGAAGUUUGAUUUUGUGUUGCAAUAUCUGAACAAAAUGGCUGGGAAUGAAUUCAUGGGGUUCAGCAAUGCCACAUUCCAGUCAGAGAAGGAAACGGGGGACCGGAAUUAUGCCAUCGGCUACUAUCUCAAGGAAAAGAAGUGCUUUCCCAAGGGGGUGGACAUGAUGGCUGCCCUCGAUCUCUACUUCCAGUUGUGCUCCGUGGAGGUCACUUGUGAAUCAGGCAGUGUCAUGGCAGCCACUCUGGCCAAUGGAGGAAUCUGCCCCAUCACAGGCGAGAGCGUGCUGAGCGCUGAAGCUGUGCGCAACACCCUCAGCCUCAUGCAUUCCUGUGGCAUGUAUGACUUCUCUGGCCAAUUUGCUUUCCACGUGGGCCUGCCUGCCAAGUCAGCUGUGUCAGGAGCCAUCCUCCUGGUGGUACCCAAUGUCAUGGGAAUGAUGUGUCUAUCCCCACCAUUGGACAAACUGGGGAACAGCCAAAGGGGCAUCAGCUUCUGCCAGAAGUUGGUGUCUCUUUUUAAUUUUCACAACUAUGACAACCUGAGGCACUGUGCUCGGAAGUUAGACCCACGGCGUGAAGGCGGAGAAGUUCGGAACAAGACAGUGGUGAACCUGUUGUUUGCUGCCUAUAGUGGAGAUGUCUCAGCUCUUCGGAGGUUUGCUUUGUCAGCUAUGGAUAUGGAACAGAAAGACUAUGACUCCCGCACAGCCCUGCAUGUUGCUGCUGCUGAAGGACACACUGAAGUUGUUAAAUUCCUGAUCGAGGCUUGCAAAGUAAAUCCUUUUGCCAAGGACCGGUGGGGCAACAUUCCUCUGGAUGAUGCUGUGCAAUUCAAUCACCUGGAGGUGGUCAAACUACUUCAAGAUUAUCAGGACUCCUACACACUCUCUGAAACUCAGGCUGAGGCAGCAGCUGAGACCCUGUCCAAAGAGAACUUAGAGAGCAUGGUGUGAGCACAGGUCAUGGACAGACCCUGUUCAAGGAAAAGCAUGAGCUGGCCACAUACCUCACCCAUGCAACCACCAGGAAUAAUAGGAGAGAUGCUUCCGUGGGAACCAAGGCCAUUUGGUGAUACAAGCCAGUACUUUCUGUGCGAGUCAAAACACCCCAUCCCUCUAUGAACAGAGCACAGAGAAGGUCCUCAGUGGACACCUGCAGUAGAGCUAUCCACAGAAACACAAGUAUAAUCUAAUAGCUUGGCCCACUAAAAAACCAUAACAGGUCCCCUUUCUCUCCCUGAAGAAACCAUCACAAGAGAGAGACUUCAAAGAAAGGACCAUGCCCUUGUGUGUAUCACAGAGAAGAAGAAGGAGGUGCCAGUGCAUCUAGAUUUAGUAGUCUGAGUCUGACCCCACAGCCAGGACACGCUGCUGCUACUGCUAACAGCAAUUUUAUAGACAGAGAAAGUAUUUUGUGCUCAAAUAAACUUUAAUUACACAAAU